AUGUGCCCGUUCUUGCACAAGACCUCGCCCGCCACACUGAGGUCCCUGUCUACCUCGACCGCCCACAGUGCCUCGCCCGGCGGCAGCAGCAUGUCUAACCUCCAGACCAUUGCUCGCCGCUGCCCCGUCAUGGGCAAGGCCCUCGCCGUCCAGUCCUCCCGCGCUGGCAACGCUGCGCUUGCCGGCGCCUACGGUGGCACCAGGGCCUACCACGCGAAGGUCGGCGCCAGAGCCAGGCUGCACACCUCUUCCUCCAAGGAGGCGCAGGCUGUUGACCUUGGCUCGGUCCACCGCGAGAGGGUCCCGAUCCCUCAGGGCGCUAAGCCUGCAGCAGCCGCUACCCCUGCGCAUCGCCUCUCUGGCAAGCCAGCUGCCCCCGAAACCGUCAAGUUCAAUUACGAGGGCUUUUACCAGAAUGAGCUGGACAAGAAGCACCAGGACAAGUCCUACCGUUACUUCAACAACAUCAACCGCCUGGCUGCGGACUUCCCCCGGGCUCACAAGGACACUGAAGAGGAAAAGGUGACGGUUUGGUGCUCAAAUGACUACCUCGGAAUGGGCCGCAACCCUCACGUCUUGAAGAGGAUGCACGAGACGCUGGACAAGUACGGCGCUGGCGCUGGUGGAACAAGGAAUAUUUCCGGCCACAACCAGCACGCUGUUGGUCUGGAGAAAACGAUCGCCAAACUCCACGCAAAGGAAUCCGCAUUGGUCUUCACGUCUUGCUACGUUGCGAACGAUACCACUCUCGCGACUUUGGGCAGCAAACUUCCCGAUUGCGUUUACCUGUCUGACAGCCUGAACCACAAUUCGAUGAUUGUGGGUAUCAAGCACUCUGGCGCGAAGAAGAUGGUUUUCAAGCACAACGAUUUGAACGACUUGGAGGCUAAGCUUGCUUCAAUCCCCUCGCAUGUUCCCAAGAUCAUUGCAUUCGAGAGCGUCUACAGCAUGUGCGGCUCCGUUGGGCCUAUCAAGGAGAUCUGCGACCUUGCUGACAAGUACGGCGCUAUUACCUUUUUGGAUGAAGUUCACGCUGUCGGCAUGUACGGGCCGCACGGCGCUGGUGUCGCUGAGCACCUGGAUUAUGAGGCGCACCUUCAAGGCAGGCCUGAAGGCACCGUUAUGGACCGCGUUGAUAUUAUUACGGGCACUCUGGGCAAGUCUUACGGCUGUGUUGGUGGCUAUAUUGCCGGCUCCGCCAAGUUUGUUGACAUGAUCCGCUCUCUCGCACCUGGCUUCAUCUUCACGACCACCCUCCCCCCUGCGACCAUGGCUGGCGCUCAGACCGCGAUCGAGUACCAGAUGAACUACCAGGGCGAUCGCCGUCUGCAGCAGCUGCACACACGUGCGACCAAGGAUGCCCUCUUGGCUAAGAACAUCCCGGUUAUGCCCAACCCUAGCCACAUCGUUCCUGUUCUCGUUGGCAACGCGGCGAUGGCCAAGAAGGCCAGCGACCUUUUGCUUGAAGAGUGGGAUAUUUACGUGCAGCCCAUCAACUACCCUACGGUGCCUGUGGGCCAGGAGCGCCUCCGUAUCACGCCCACUCCCGGCCACACGCGCGAGUACCGCGACCACCUCAUCAAGGCGCUCGACUCGGUCUGGACUCAGCUGGGCCUCAAGCGCACCAGCGACUGGGCGGCCGAGGGUGGCUUCGUCGGCGUCGGCGAGGCGGGCAAGGAGGAUGUUGCCCCUCUGUGGACCGACUCGCAGCUCGGAAUCACCGAGGCGGUGAAGGAGAUGCAUGCGGGGGGCGCGGUCGGCGUGCUGGAAGCGGUGCUUGAGCACGAGAGGAAGGCGACGGCUGGUGUCGUGGCUGCGGCUGCUUAA